AUGUUCUCUCAAGUACUUCUCCUCUUACUCUCCAUCACCCCCUUCUCGUCACCAACACCUGUGGCGAAGCGAGCAUUCUCAAACGGUCCUGUCAUCACGUCGAAUUUCCCAGAUCCUGCUUUCAUCAACGUCGGUGGCACGUACUAUGCUUUUGCAACUUCCAAUGGAGCCCAAAACAUUCAAAUCGCAACGUCGCCAGAUUUCGAUACCUGGACGGUGACAGGCAGUGACGCUCUCCCGACAAUACCAUCUUGGAGCACAGGCGACGUGUGGGCACCUGAUGUCGCCCAGCUUGCUGAUGGCUCUUUCGUUCUGUAUUUCGCCGCCACUUCCUCUACCAACACAAACAUGCAUUGCGUCGGGACCGCCACAUCAUCGACGGUCCAAGGUCCCUACACGGCCAGUGACACCGCCUUUGCAUGUCCUCUUGACCAAGGCGGCGCGAUCGAUCCGGCCGGCUUCGCAGACUCCGACGGCUCCCUCUACGUCGUCUACAAAGUCGACGGCAACAGCCUCGGCGGCGGCGGCACCUGCGGCAACGCCGACGGCUCCUACUCCACCCCCAUCAUGCUGCAAGCCGUCGAAGCCGACGGGGUCACUCUCACCGGCACCGCCACCCAGAUCCUCGACCGCGACACCGCCGAUGGCCCUCUCAUCGAAGCCCCGAGUCUCGUCCUCGUCAGCGGCACGUACUACCUCUUCUUCAGCAGCAAUUGCUACAACGGUGCGGUUUACGAUACUAGCUACGCGACCGCCAGUGCUGUCGGGGGUCCGUAUGCGAAGGCGUCGAGUCCGUUGCUGGUGAGUGGAGGUGAUGGAGGGGCGUUGAACAGUCCCGGCAGUGCGACGGUGGGGCCAGCGGGUGCGCAGAUGGUUUUCCAUGCUGAUUCCGUGGCGGGGGAUCCGUCGCUUCGGCAGAUGUGGACGGCGGGGAUUUCGGUUAGUGGUGGUGUGGUCAGCAUCAGCUGA